GGAAGUCCUUGGGAGCGCCAGUUCCGUCUGUGUGUUCGAGUGGACAAAAUGGCGAAGAUCGCCAAGACUCACGAAGAUAUUGAAGCACAGAUUCGAGAAAUUCAAGGCAAGAAGGCAGCUCUUGAUGAAGCUCAAGGAGUGGGCCUUGAUUCUACAGGUUAUUAUGACCAGGAAAUUUAUGGUGGAAGUGACAGCCGAUUUGCUGGAUAUGUGACAUCAAUUGCUGCAACUGAACUUGAAGAUGAUGACGAUGACUACUCAUCAUCUACAAGUUUGCUCGGUCAGAAGAAGCCGGGAUAUCAUGCCCCUGUGGCAUUGCUUAAUGAUAUACCACAAUCAACAGAACAGUAUGAUCCAUUCGCUGAGCACCGACCUCCAAAGAUUGCUGACCGGGAAGAUGAAUACAAAAAGCACAGGAGGACCAUGAUAAUAUCCCCAGAGCGUCUUGAUCCUUUUGCAGAUGGUAAUUCUUUCCCACUUUUCUAUAAGUUUUCAGGAAUUUAUUUGUCUUAAGUUGUCUUUAGCCCUUUGAUUUUUUUUGGCAUGCUUAUGAAUUUGCUUUUCUUUUUUAAAAUCCCCCUUAUUAUAGAUAUGUAUAUAGAUUUGGUUGAAGUCACAGAUGCCAUAUUCUUCAUCUUUAUAAUGCAAGUUUUCUUUCCAGGUAGAAGGACAAGAAAAUAAUGAGCCAAUGCCAUAGAAACGCAAAGGGUUAAAGGUUUUUCUUUUACUUUUGUUUUGGGUACGCUUUCUAUACUUGGAACAAAUGUGUUUUUCUGCUCAAAAUACUUUCAAACUAUUGAAAGUUUUCAUUCCAAAUCCUAGACUUUUGGGCUUGUUACUUUUGAGAAACUGUUUCUCACAUUAGAGCUCCCCUCAUAUUGCUCUAAAUAUAGUUUAGUAAAUGCACCUACUUUGCUCUAAGCAUACUUAAAGUUAAAACAAAAGUAUGUAUACAAAGACUUUGAUAUUUUUAAUAGUUGGGUCUGUUUUGCUAAUUUUAGUGUGCAGGUCAGCACAAGGGGCAUAGUGAGC